GGACAGCUGAAAUUGAGAUGAAAGCAACAGAGACAGAGCUAGACAGAGCACCAUUGGCAUUGCUGAUUUUGAAGCGAUUGACGCUGGCGGCUGGACCCUCUUCAGCUUGUACUAGUAGAUUGUAGCUUAAUGUAGGUAGUGAGUGGAAAGAGCUUUUAGGCAUUCAAAAUAACAUAGUGGAGUGUUCAGGAGAUGUUUACUUGACUUGAUUUCACCAGCUUACAGCAUUGCCUCCCCUAGCUCACCACCCUUUCAUCAGUGGGCACCACCACGCACAACCACCUCUUUUCUCUGGGGAAGCUUUUGUGAAAAAACAGGACUUUUAUUUCUCUGAGAUACAUAUGCGUCAUCUUGCGCACACCAGUACGACAUGGAGAAUUUUAAAGUGGGGGAACUUCCAUCAGUCUACUACAUACCUGACUUUGUCACUGCUGAACAAGAACGGAAGUUGAUUGAUCAGAUCCACGCUGCACCACGAACGAAGUGGAGAGAGCUGAAAGGCAGAAGGUUGCAGUACUGGGGUGGCAUGGUGCAUGAGAAGGGCAUGAUUCCAGAACCAGUUCCCAAAUGGCUAGAAGGUGUGUUGACUGGCAUCGCUGCCAAGACCGACAUGUUCCCCUCCCCCCUGAACCACGUCCUUAUCAACGAGUACCUUCCAGGGCAGGGCAUCAUGCCACACCAGGACGGCCCUAUGUACUACCCCGUCGUUGCAAUUCUGUCCCUAGGCUCGCCAGCCGUCAUGCGCUUUACGCCCCGCAAAAGCUCCUCCCCUCAUCAUCCGGAUGACUCUCAAGCAACUACAGAACCAGGAACGAAUCUCAGCAGUGCGGUUGAUUCACCAUCUCACAGCUCUAGUCAAGAACACACAGCGGCCAAUGCACUCGCGAGUGAAGCCAGCGGCUUGAGUGGUCAUUCAGACAGUUCAGCCGCAGCUCAAGCGUCAUGUCAGGAAACAGGACAGACAGCUAACGUCAUGCAGAACGGCACUGCUGACAGCGGGAAAAGCGUGUUUUCGAAGUUCGAGGACCAGCUUGGGUUUACGGGGGCCCGCAAGCCAUCUCACUGCUCGGUUGUGCUGAUGCCAAGGAGCCUGCUCAUCUUUAAAGACGAGGCAUAUACUGAUCAUUUGCACGGCAUCGACGAGAGUAUGGAACACGAGAUCGAUGAAACGGUAGUGAAUCUGCCUGCGCUAGAAAUUCCAGGAUUCCUGGAUGUGGAGCAAAGAAGCUUUCUUCCGUCUUUGGGUGGCGAAAGCUUACCUCAAACUGUGCCUAGGUUGGGCCCACGGCUCUCCUUAACGUGCAGACAUGUGUUGAAGGUCAGAAAAGCCAUGUUUCGCAUCCGGUGACCAUGAUGACCAUUUUUCCUGUCACUUCUGCAAGGAGGGGCCAUCGUAUUUCUGUUAAUGAAAGCAUUGCCCUUCUACACCAUGAAAGUGCAUCACGAGUAGUAUAAAUUAGACACGAGCGCAGGAAUGACAGAUGGUUUGACUGGAUGCCACUCAGAGAUGCGUAACCACAGUGCAUCAUCCAUGCAGCGUAAUUCAACACGUAGAAUACCUGGCCGCCAUGGGCUGGUACCGUGACGGAUGGUCGAGUGCCACAAUUGACCCAAUUGCAGUUGAAUAUACAACCGGAC